UGAUACGUGCGGUGCAGAAUAUAAUUCUCUCCUCUUUGGUUUUUCUUUUCUCGCUUUAUUCUCUCUCCAUUUUAUUUAUAGAUUUAUCACCCGACUGAACUCUCGCCAAAACUCGCUCGCGCUGUCCCUGCUGUGUUCUCUGUCCCUCUUCCGCAAGGGGUUUUAAGAUAAUAUGGCGACGUUCAGUAUUAGAUCUGUGAAGACGUCCCCGUUCGAUGGGCAGAAACCGGGGACAUCUGGUCUUAGGAAGAAGGUCAAGGUAUUCAUGCAAGCAAAUUACUUGCACAAUUUCGUUCAAUCCACAUUUAAUGCCCUUGGAGCUGAUAAAGUCAAAGGUGCUACAAUUGUUGUCUCUGGUGAUGGGCGUUACUAUUCAAAGGAUGCUAUCCAGAUCAUUAUAAAAAUGGCUGCUGGUAAUGGAGUAAGACGUGUCUGGAUUGGCCAGAAUGGAUUGCUGUCUACACCUGCUGUAUCUGCUGUUAUUCGAGAAAGAGUUGGCCCUGAUGGAUCCAAAGCAAAUGGGGCUUUUAUACUCACAGCAAGCCACAACCCUGGGGGACCUACUGAGGAUUUUGGAAUCAAAUACAACAUGGAAAAUGGUGGACCUGCACCUGAAGGAAUCACUGAUAAGAUCUAUUCAAACACCACCACCAUUAAUGAAUACAUGAUUGCAGAAGGCCUGCCAGAGGUGGAUAUCUCACAAGUGGGAUUGACUAACUUCAGGGGUCCCGAGGGGCAAUUUGAUGUUGAUGUUUUUGAUUCAGCAGAUGAUUAUGUCAAAUUGAUGAAGUCAAUUUUUGAUUUUCAAUCCAUCAAGAAGUUACUGACAUCUCCAAAAUUCACUUUCUGUUAUGAUGCAUUAAAUGGAGUUGCGGGAGCAUAUGCUAAGCGUAUAUUUGUGGAAGAGCUAGGUGCAAAAGAAAGCUCUUUAUUGAAUUGUGUGCCCAAGGAAGAUUUUGGCGGAGGGCAUCCUGAUCCCAACCUGACCUAUGCAAAAGAGUUAGUUGCUCGUAUGGGAUUGGGUAAAGCCACCAGUGAACAGGAACCCCCGGAAUUUGGUGCUGCUGCUGAUGGAGAUGCAGAUCGUAAUAUGGUUCUUGGAAAAAGGUUUUUUGUCACUCCCUCUGAUUCUGUUGCUAUCAUUGCGGCAAAUGCUGUCCAAGCAAUACCUUACUUUUCUGGUGGUCUAAAGGGAGUUGCAAGGAGUAUGCCUACAUCAGCUGCUCUUGAUGUUGUCGCUAAAAGCCUGAACCUGAAGUUCUUUGAGGUGCCCACUGGCUGGAAAUUCUUCGGCAACCUGAUGGACGCUGGAAUGUGUUCAGUUUGUGGUGAAGAAAGCUUUGGGACUGGCUCAGACCACAUACGCGAGAAAGAUGGAAUUUGGGCUGUUUUGGCUUGGUUAGCUAUUCUUUCCUAUAAGAACAAAGACAAUCUGGGGGGCGAGAAGCUUGUCAGUGUUGAGGAUAUUGUUCGCCAACAUUGGUCUACAUAUGGGCGCCAUUAUUAUACUCGAUAUGAUUAUGAGAAUGUUGAUGCAGGUGCUGCUAAGGAACUGAUGGACAAUUUGGUUAAGAUGCAAUCCUCUCUUGCUGAAGUUAAUGACAUUAUAAAGAAAAUUCGAUCAGAUGUCUCGAAAGUUGUCAAUGCUGAUGAAUUCGAAUACAAGGAUCCUGUUGAUGGUUCCGUUUCAAAGCACCAGGGAAUCAGAUACAUGUUUGAAGAUGGCUCCCGACUGGUUUUCCGACUUUCUGGAACUGGUUCAGAGGGUGCAACUAUCCGUGUGUACAUAGAACAAUAUGAGAAGGAUUCGUCCAAGACAGGGAGAGAUUCUCAAGAAGCACUAGCUCCUUUGGUUGAUGUUGCAAUUAAAUUAUCCAAGAUGCAAGAGUUCACCGGCCGAUCUGCCCCUACUGUCAUUACAUAGAUUGGCUCGACAGUGCCAACCCAUUCUCUUUCAUCGCCUUGAACUAAGUAAGAAAGUAUUGUCGUAACCUAUAUCCUUUCCAUUUACUUGCUACGCGGAGCCUCCGCCUCCGCCUCAGUCGAGACACUUGAGGAUAUUCAAUGUAAGUUUAACUCCGAGCCAGUCAUACUGAUGAACAGUUUUGGUUAUAAAAAUAAACUGCACUGAAUGAAUGCAUAUAAUGAAACAUCACCUUUUAUGAUCUUACA